AUCACCGCAGUGCUGAAAGAGUGAGAGCGAGCGAGCGAGCGACGUGAGAGAGCGCGAGAAAGAGAGGGAGAGAACACGCGUGUGUGUGCUGUGUGUGUGAGUGUGCGUGUGUGUGUGUGUGUUAGUGUGUGAAAGAGCGAGUGAGGUAGAGAGAGAAGAAAACUGCGAAAUCUGUCAAGGUUUUCCAGGCGUUUGGUUAUUCCUCUCGACGCCUGUGCAGCGCUGACUCGGGUCGCGUGCUGGAGGAUGAGUUCAUUUAGCACCAGGGCACUGACGCUUCUGUCGUCGGUGUUUGGGGCGUGCGGGCUGCUCCUGGUUGGUGUGGCUGUGUCGACGGACUACUGGCUGUUAAUGGAAGAGGGCAUUGUCCUGCAGCAGAACCAGACCAAUGAGGUGAAGAUGGCUCUGCAUUCUGGACUCUGGAGGGUCUGUUUUGUGGCUGGGCCAGAGAAGGGGAGAUGUGUGGCAUCUGAAUACUUCACCGAGCCAGAAAUAGAGAUCACUACUGAGAACACAGCCAAUAUACUGAAAAUGGUGAGGACGGCCACCCCCUUCCCGAUGGUCUCACUCCUCUUUGUCUUCACGGCCUUUGUCAUAAGCAACAUCGGCCACAUCCGUCCUCAGCGCACCAUCCUGGCCUUCGUCUCUGGAAUCUUCUUCAUCUUAUCAGGUUUGAGCUUAGUGGUCGGUUUGGUGCUGUAUAUCUCCAGUAUCAACGAUGAAGUGAUGAACAGGCCUCGAGAGCCAGAGCAGUUCUUUCACUACCACUACGGCUGGUCGUUUGCCUUUGCUGCCAGCUCCUUCCUGCUCAAAGAGGGUGCUGGGGUCAUGUCUGUAUAUCUCUUCAUGAAACGUUACGCCGAGGAGGAGAUGUACCGGCCCCACCCUGCGCUGUAUCGCCCCCGUCUGUCUGAAUGCAGUGACUACAGCGGCCAGUACCUGCACCCCGACUCGUGGCCUCCUCCUCAGCGCGGACGCAGCGGCUCCGAGGUGUCCAGCGACAUCUCCAUUCAGCUCAACCAGGCCCCACUGCCUCCGCCCAAAAGCAGCGGGCCCUCCAAUCCGCCCUCUUCCUCGGGCCCCUCCUCCGGGGCCAGCUAUCACCUCCCACCUGCUUCUUCCUCCUCUUCCUCUUCCUAUCCUCACACCAUCCACUCCUCCCAUUCUGGUGGCCACGCCCCUCAGUCCCUCCCAAUGGCCACACCCCCAUCCGCUGUCCCGCCCCCUCGUUACCACGCACAUAUGCGUAUGAGCGCCUCUCCGUGUUAGAGAUUUCCUCCGUAUGCGAUUCCUAAACAGAAAUAUGUGCAUAACAUUAGGUAAGAGGAUCACCGGGGCUUUUAGUCCUCCAGAGACUACGGGAGAAAAAUGGAGAAAAGGGUGCUAAGUUGAAAAGAGGUAGACGAGGAAGCACUUCACUUACAAUUCUGUGCCUGAAUGAUGUUUUAACAGAUUUUUAGAGCGAGAAUAAUAAGUGAGGGAAUAGCAUUUAUACAUAUAGAAAGAAUGUAUGGAGGAGGAGGAAGAAAAUAGGGGAAAAGUAC